UCUUCGUGUUGGGUAGGUUGCGCAUGCAUUCGCUGCCGGAAAAUGCAGUAAAUAAACUUGAACCAGCAACAAUAGCGUAUCGCCCCGCUGCUAACGGUACGUGCUUCUCGUUAUCGUGGAGAAAAGUUGUGCGUGAAAGUUGGAAAAUAGUGGAAUACUAUCGUGAUCAAAACAGGUCACGGCGAUCAGGUGCUUAUUUCCCUGGCUUCCACAAUUUUUGAAAAGAUCGAAAAUGUAAUGAACGAAUGUUGAAUCGUGUCGUGUGUGUAAUUAUAAGUGUGUUUUAGCUUUUUUUUGUCCGUAGCAAUAAGAAGCGUGUAAUUAUGUUACUAAUGGAUGUGCAAUAAUGUUCAGCAGCAUCGAUAAAUUGUAACAGUCAAACCACAGAAGAGAAAUUUGUGCAACUCUUCCCGGUGCAGGCGUAUUCCGUAGAGCAGUUAGCAAGUGCGCGGAGUGUUAAUGUUGAUGUUUAUUUAGUGCUUGUGUAUGUGCGUUCCUCACAUCUCCAUUUGUGUGAGAUAAGUGAAUAAGGGGAAGAAAGUGUGCAAAUUAAAAUGUCCGUUGUCAGCUUAAAUAGAAUGUUUCGGGGGAAGCUUCGCACGAAUACCUGCCGAAUCGUAGUGCUGACUUCACUCGUGUGGCUGUUGAUCGAUGUGAUACUGAUAGUAAAAUAUGCCGACUGUCCCAGUACGGGUGUUGGUUCAAGCUGGCUUUGCAAGCGAAACAGUGGAACUUAUGACGUCGAGGUACCACAUGCAGCGCGACAGUCACAGCAGCAACGGCGAGCGGCGGCUCCCGAGGACGACGAUCCCAUCGUCGAUGUGGAGGAGAUUGACACGAACUCGAACAACUUUGGUGACCCGGGCGGCUAUGGUGGCGGGGGUGGAGGCAGCCAUGAUGCUGACAGUUCAAUGCCCCGCACGUACCGGCCACAGGAGCUAAAGAAAUGGCGACCGGCACCAACGGUCGGCGAAAAUUACGGUCGACCCGGUGAAAUGGGUAAACCAGUUAAAAUUCCGUCUAACCAGCAGGAGCUGAUGAAGGAAAAGUUCAAAGAGAAUCAAUUCAAUCUCCUCGCCAGUGACAUGAUCUGGUUGAAUCGAUCGCUCACCGAUGUACGCCAUCACGACUGUAAAAAGAAACACUAUUCUGCGAAGCUGCCAACGACCUCGAUUGUGAUUGUGUUCCACAACGAAGCCUGGAGCACGCUGCUCCGUACGAUAUGGAGUGUAAUAAAUCGGUCACCCCGACCAUUGCUAAAGGAAAUCAUCCUCGUCGAUGACGCCAGCGAGCGGGAACAUUUGGGCCGCCAGCUGGAAGAGUACGUCCGUACGCUGCCCGUGCCAACGUUCGUCCUGCGGACCGGGAAACGAUCCGGUCUGAUCCGUGCCAGACUGCUCGGUGCCAAACACGUCAAGGGACAAGUGAUCACAUUCCUGGACGCGCACUGCGAGUGUACGGAGGGCUGGCUGGAGCCACUGUUGGCGCGUAUCGUAUUGGACCGUAAGACGGUCGUUUGUCCCAUCAUCGACGUGAUAUCGGACGAAACGUUCGAGUACGUGACGGCGUCCGACCAGACGUGGGGUGGAUUUAACUGGAAGCUAAACUUCCGUUGGUAUCGUGUCCCAGCACGGGAAAUGCAACGACGCAAUCACGACCGAACAGCACCGCUGCGGACGCCAACGAUGGCAGGCGGGCUGUUUUCUAUCGAUCGGGACUAUUUCUACGAAAUCGGCUCGUACGACGAGGGUAUGGACAUUUGGGGUGGUGAAAAUCUGGAAAUGUCUUUCCGGAUAUGGCAAUGUGGUGGCAUCCUCGAGAUUGCACCCUGCUCGCACGUUGGCCAUGUGUUCCGGGACAAAUCACCGUACACUUUCCCCGGUGGCGUAGCAAAUAUUGUGCUGAAAAAUGCAGCACGCGUCGCCGAGGUGUGGCUAGAUGAGUGGAAAGAGUUUUACUAUCAAAUGAGUCCAGGUGCUCGGAAAGCAUCCGCUGGGGAUGUCAGCGAGCGGAGGGCCCUUCGGGAGCGGCUAAAGUGCAAGAGCUUCCGCUGGUACCUGGAAAACAUCUAUCCAGAAAGUCAGAUGCCACUGGAUUACUAUUUCCUUGGAGAGAUUCGCAAUGCAGAUUCACGUAACUGUCUCGAUACGAUGGGUCGUAAGUCAAAUGAAAAAAUUGGCAGCAGCUACUGUCACGGUUUGGGCGGUAACCAAGUGUUUGCGUACACCAAACGGCACCAGAUCAUGUCGGACGAUAAUUGUCUCGAUGCAUCAAACGCCCUCGGGCCGGUUAAUUUGGUCCGGUGUCACGGAAUGGGCGGUAAUCAGGAAUGGAUAUACGAUGACGAGGAAAAGACUAUCAAGCACGUUAACAGUGGUAACUGUUUAACGCGUGCCACUGUCGAGGACCCAUCAACACCGCUGUUACGACCGUGCAACUACUCCCUCGGUCAACAGUGGUUAAUGCAGUCCAAGUUCAAGUGGCAAGCACACAGCGACAAUCGUAUCGGUGAGGACAGAUAAAACGCACUGUACCGUGUUCGAUCCGGUACCGGGGCUGUUGGUCCCCUCGGUCAGCGGCAGCCCGGCUCUAUCGAACGCUAUGGAAAUAUUAUCGGUAGUAUCAGCGGCAGUAGCAAGAGUAGCAGCAGUAACAGCAGUAGUAACCACAGAUAUCAAGCAACUAUCAAGCGUCUGCACAUGGGUACCGGAGUAAUGCCAAUCCGUUGAGUUGGAAACCAACCUUCACCGACCUGUCGGUCGAUCAACUGUAGCGUAUCGUGUAAAAUAUGAACGGAAAGAUACGACGAACACGAACUCGUCUUGCCAUUCGUAUCGGUGUUCCUGAUGCAACACACGUGUACACACUAGACAGAGAGAACAAGUAUGUCGUAAGAGAAUGACAGGAGUACCUUCCCCAGCAACUGAGCUCAGCCCCCCAGUCCGGCUGAGCUCAUCGAACACAGAAGCGCUCAGUUUGGGGGAAACUGCACUAAAUUGAGGUAUUGCAUUUGGCAUAUGCUUCUAAAAGAAUUCCAUAAUAAUUGUAGCAUAAUUUUAUCACAUCCCACUAUACUAUAGUUUAGUUUGUGGUCUACGUAAAGCACUGGUGUUUUUUUUUAACGGUCCAAUUGUUAUAGUUUGUCACAGUAAUUGUUUGUUCGACGAUGUUCCUUAACCGGGCUCGUUGAAGCCGGUAAUGCACCGCAUUUUGAGUUAUUUAGAUCUUAACAACACUUUGCAAAACUGUUGUUUGAGCAUGUUUCUUGACUGUGGGUUACAUUAUUAACCUUCGAGCCAUAUUGCGCGAUGUUCCUGAACAAGCACAUCGGUUUUUUUCAUGCGUGGUAAUAAAAAUCAACUAUUGCUGUCGAAUCGUUUGUCAAAACUCACGAAACAUGUUUUAAAGCAUUCAAAUCAAAGGUAAUGGUUAGUUGAUGGUUAUAAAACUAAGUUCAUAAAGUAUAUUGACUGUUUAUUAUUCUUCGAAAAGGUUAAAUUCCCUCCACAACAAAACAUAUCAGUUGAUAUUGAAACAGAAACCGGUCUCAAAUCUUUGUCUUCAAGAUUAGAUUGGAGCAUCAACACCAUUUGGAGUUCAAAGUUUUGUCCGAUUGUAGUACAAUAUAGUUGCCCGUUAAAAGUUGUGUAAUUUUCACAAAAAAAAAUAAUACGUUUCAAAUUUAGUUUCUUUUUGUUUUCUUGUUAACAUCUAACUGGAGAGAAAACUCGUGAAAAACUGUAACAAAACCCGUAAAAGCUGGACCAUUCGCAUUUAGAAAACAUAGAGUGAAUGUUUAUCCAAUACGAUAUACCAAUGCAAAGAAGAGGAUGUCAAUAGCAAUAGAGUAAUAAUUGUUUACCAUUACAUAAAGACACUCGGCAAAACAGAAUGGCAGAAACUGUAUGGAAUUGUUUAAUGCUGCUUCGAAACUUCGCUUCUUCGUAAACGAUCACGCGCAGGUAUGUAAGUAAAAAAAGUGCUGCAAAGAAAAAAUCAAUCUUGUACAUAAACAUAAAAAAACCAGCGAAGCGGUACGGAAGUAAAUAGUAGAAGGGAAAAAACACCUAAAAUAGUGAUGUGAAGGAGAAAUAGAAGAUACAUCGCUAACAGCGGGCAAAAAGAUAUCAUUUAUUUGUAGUAGGUUGAAGAUCCUUUAAAAUAAUCUUUAACAAUAACAAAACAAGAGAGCAAAGAUCGGUUCUUGUUAAAAGUAAAGCUGAAAAAAAAAAUCGGUACGGUAUGUAGAACAAUACGAUGAAAGUAGAACAAACGUGAUCAAGACGCGUAAGCAUUAGUGUAUAAGUAUCGCAUGAAAAAGAAAUGUGAAUGUGAAACACAAAACAUAGCGACAAGAGGAAGAAGAAAAAAAAAACAACAACAGAGAACGUGCUCACGAUCGUAACAGAAUGAUAUAUAUAGGUAUAGUAAUUUGUAAAAAGAGAUAUUAAGAAAAGACUUGUCGUGAAGGGAAAGAGGGUGCAAGUAUCAAAACAAACAAAAUCAAGCACACAAAGUGGCGCACAAUCGAUUCUACCAAUAUUGUAUUGUAUUGGUUUAACGCAAGUAAAUGGCGUCCCACACACAAAGGGGACACAAAACCCUUAUCCCGAACAAAACUGCCGUUAAGGCAGGAUAGCAAAAUGAAGAACGCAUAGCAUUCACAGUUUUAAGGGACAUGUAAAACAAUCAAUGAUUUAACGUUCGUUGGUUUUAAUUCUUCCAUUCGGUUUUAUGUUCUACCUUAACUUACAAACACACCGGAGGUCGUUUUUUUGCCACGGACCGACUACCGACGGUUAUGUUACGCAGCACAAAAAGUUUGCGCGCGAAUCCAUUUUAUGCGAUAUUAUAUUGUACGCGUGAUCUUGGAACAACCUAAGUCGGUUCUCUAUUGACAUUUACAAGCUAAACGGAAUCAUCACCUCAUGGGGGAAAACGUGUAAAUUGAUUCGUUAGAAAGAUCGAUAAAAGAACAGUCCUAACAUUAAGGGGUAAAGUGAAACGAUUGAUUGCUUUGUUUUUUAAGUUCGGUUCGAUGUUAUUUGCAAUUGCGGGUAGAAGAAUGGGAAGUAUCAGUUUUAAUGUGCGGUUCACUCGCUCACUCGCUUUUAUAUGGUUUGUGCUUUAGGGUUAGUGUUUUAUUUGCAAGCAAAACGUUGCUUGUGUCUCCGAAAGCCUCUCCGAUGAGGAAGCAAGCAAGAGACAGAGAGAGAUAGAGAUAGAGAACGUGAUUCGGUUAGCAUUGUGCAACGUUAUCAUCGCUUGUACAAGUUCUGUUUCAUCUGUUUUUUGUUCUCAACUUACUACUAUUGCUUUUAUUUUAUUAUGUCUAUGUCUUAUUCUUCAGGGUGAUGGUGUGCAAUUUAUUAAUGUAAGCAAAACAUUUGUUUUUUUUUUUAAAGCGCAAUUUCAAUUUUUACAUAACUUUAUGUUUUCUUUGGUGCCGUUCACCAUGUCCAAAGCGACCGUGGUAAUUGGCUGCAAUAAUGUUUAUACUAUUUAGACUGUGCGUCUUGCGUGAGGGAUGUAUGGAACAGCUGCAUAGGAUGGCAUAGGUCCUACUAAUCAUAACUAUUGUUUGUCUAAUUUUUAAGAACCGAUCCGAUGUCCGGAUAGGAUGUGUGUAGGUUAACAAUCAAAAACCCCACGUUUUUUUUUUGCUCCUCUCUUAAGUUAGCUAUGCUUACUGAUACGGCAUAAAUCAACACAGGAAAAGCUUCAGAUUUUCAGUAUUAAAUAUUAAAACAAACACACACACACACCAAUGCCGGUGCUGCUUUACAAUGCGUAAAAUUGAACUUAAGCCCGAUUGUGUUCGGGAACGAUUAGUAUAUCCACCGAUACAUUCCCUUACGAAACCGAUAGCAGCCAGUACUGGCCUACAAACUCAUAGCAUUGCAUUAACUGUAAUUUCUUUUGCACUUAUCACACACGCGUAUUUACAUGCUGCUUAUUAGCUUCGUUUGGUAAUACAUGCCAGCCAGCCAGCCAACCAUCAGAUUUCCGUUACUCAGAUGCAAGAAUGUGGCUGUUUUUUUUACAACACAAUAAGCAGUAGCAGCAGCAGCAGUAUACUUUUUAAGUGUAAAACAUAAAAUGCAAAACAAACAAAAAAAAACCGGUCCAAAAUUAUUUAGAAAAUAGCGAAAGAAGAGACAAACGGGGAUUUUCAUGCAGAGGAGAUCGAUGGAAACGACAUCAUCAAACACAAAAAGACCAACUACUAGUAGCAUAGACAAAUGAAAGGAAAGUAAACAAAAAAAAACAUAAAAACAAAUAAAUCAAUCACGGCAUAUCAUCUAGAACGAGUUGAUGUUCUGUUACGUACAUCGGAUGGAUUUGAUUGAUAAGCGGAUGUGAUUAGGAAUGGGAGAUGUGGCUGGAAGGAAUGAUAUAACAAAUAACAGAAAAUACAAUACCCCUUGUACCGUGUGUGCAUAUGUGUGAAGAUAUUGAAAGAUUAAUGACAAUUUUAGUCAACUAAUCAACCUUCCAAUUUGAUUGUAACAAUUUCUGUGUAGAGACGGUAUUGAGACGGACCUUCCAUUUUCUUUCUAACUCAUAGUAUGAAUUUAUUACAACCGUUGUUUUCUCUCUGUUUUUUUGUUUUUGUUUUUCUCAUCAAAUGCGCGUCCUGUUUAUUACCAUUUCGUUAAAGAAGAGUAACGAAUGUGAAAGGAAUGUUGUAACGUAAAAAGAAAAGGAAACUUGUGUAACAUGAAAUGAAAAGCAAAAAACAAAACACAAACAAAGACUAUAAAAUUGUGCGCGUCCCCGUUAAAAAGCUCCUGAUAAGAUACGAAAUUUUUGUGCUGGUUCUGCACGUUGAAGAAGAAUGUACGCCGUGUUGUUGUAUGUUCCUUCUUGGAGUGUUUCGUUUCGUUUCGUUUUUUUUGCGUUAACUAUAAGACAACCAGAGUGGAACAGAACCAGAAAAGAGAAACUUUGCAUUCAAAGAGAGAGAGAGAGAGA